AUGCCGAACCGACCGGACAAGCGUGACUAUAUCACACUGGCUUCCUCGAUCCUACAAUUCCACCCGGAGCCAGUGAACGGGGUGUUUGUAGACGACAUUGACAAAAAGGCAUAUCCUUCGAAUUGGGAUCAUGGCAAGCUACCAGCUGAGAUGGGAGCCUGGCGGGCGCAUAUGAAUGUCAUGCAAAGAAUAGUACACGAGCGGAUCUCCACCGCAUUCGUCCUGGAGGACGACGCGGAUUGGGAUGUCAACUUGAAGAAACAACUUCAACGAUUUGCAUCCGCUUCGCAGCUAGUGCAAGGUGAUACUGGACCUUCACAUUCACCAUAUGGGGACUUGUGGGACCUUCUGUGGAUAGGACACUGUGGGAUACAGUACAAGACUGGUCCAAUUCAUGUGACAACGGAUGAUAUCACGACCGUUCCUCUCCCUGAGCUACCACGCUACUGGCACGGUUUUCCCGCGGGUGCUGACAAUGGCACUCGUCUGGUAGCAAGGAUGCAUGAUGGAGUAUGUAGUCUUGGAUAUGCAAUUACCUAUCUUGGAGCCCAAAAGCUUCUUUCUGCGCUUUCCUUGACACCGAAAGGUGAUGGUGCUCCGUUCGACGUGGCGAUAGGUCGGUUCUGCCAAAAUGGCUGGUUGAGAUGUAUUGCCCCCUUUCCGUCGUUGAUUGGACUCUGGAAGGCGGCUGGUCCAAAGGCGAGGGAGUCGGACAUCCACAAUGAUGACGGUUGGAUCGAAAAGGAGACCCCAGUUGGAACUGUAUACAGUGCCAUGGACAAUGCUCAUCGCUUGUUGAAUGGUGAACGUACAGUGCAUGCAGUAUUGAACGACGCACCGGCUCCUGAAAUUGACCCCACUAAGUUGGAACUACCGGAAGGGACGUUGAAGAUGCUUGACGAUACCGGUAUAAGUGAGAUUAUCAAAGGGAAUCCUCAAAUGUCCUCUUCGAGUCUCAGGCUCAUAUCUCUCGGGUACCCACCCCACGGCCGGGACGCAGGCCCCCAAAGGAAUUACCCUGAGCUAGAACCUCCAAUGAAGAGGGGCUGCAGAAUGAUACGAUAUAGCUAUACUUGA